GUAUGUACCUACAGAACAGAAAAGGCUUGCAGUGAAUACCCUCUGCUAAACUGUGGUGCUGAAACUCAACCAGCUGCUCACUGUCAAAGUGUUUGCUGAGAAGCAGUCUGUAAGUAUUCAGGAUGAAGACUGUCAUUAUCCUGGCUGUCAUCUUUUCAACUGUGCUCUGCAGUAUGUCCUAUGCAGAUCAUGUUUGUAUGAGCCAAGGGGGCCAAUGUCAGCACACCUCCCAGUUCUGCAAAGGGACCUACAUCAGUGGACUCUGUGAGGGGCCUGCUAAACGCCAGUGCUGCCUGAAUGAGGCAGCCCUGCUGAAGUUUGGAGUCUUAUGCAAUGGCUACAGUGGGAAUGUUAAAAGGAGAUGCGACAGCUAUGGCUGUGGUAACUAUGGAGCCAAACGCGGUGGUCAUCUCCACAAAGGACUUGACAUUAAGUGUUCAGAUGGUUCCACUGUUUACGCUCCAUUUGAUGCUAAACUUAAUGGCCAGGCUAGACCCUAUGGUAAUGGAAAUCUGAUUGAUGAUGGCAUCACCCUCAGUGGCAAAGGUGUGUGUGUCAAGCUCUUCUAUGUGAAGCCCUUUAAUUACAGAGGCAAUGUGAAGAAGGGAGACAAGAUUGGAAACCUUCUCCCCAUGCAGAAGGUCUACUCAGGCAUCACCUCACACAUUCAUGUUCAGAUGUGCGACAAGUCUGACCCCACCCCCUACCUGUGAAUCCAGCAAUGACACCAGCAGAGGCCCAGUCAGCUGUCCCUUACAGCACUAACCGUCUGCACAGCAGGCAGCUUCAGCAAGAGCAAGAUGCAAUGAUUGCAAUAUGAAACCAUUUUUAUAACUCUAUUAAAUGAGCCUCUAUAGCAAUUGCAAAAAAUAAAUAAAUAAAAAAAAGGCUUGCCUGGUGAA